AUGCUAACAUCUUACGUUGCUCCUAACCUGCAGCAGAAAUGCGAGUCCUACACCCUGCGCAAUGAGUUAUGCAAGGACAAACUCAAUGUCACUGAUAUCUAUGAUGGGAUCAAGACCGUCUUCGAUAACUUUCAAUGUGCAGUAGGCCUGUAUCAAAACAAGUUUGUUGGCGAUUGCAUAUUUGAUCUGGCGAUACAAAUGUUCAGCGGGGGGACUCCGGACUCCGAAUGUCAACAGGUAGCAGUUCACGAUCCUGAGACCUUUGUCCCCUGGGCCCGCAAGCUGGUAGGAAAUCCUAGUGCCUCGUUUGCUGGGCGCUGCACUGAAAAGAUGGUUGUCGACGAGGUCCUCAGUAUGCUGAGCAAGCACGACAAGCAAGCGAAGCUACAAGGCUACGAAACCAUCAAGAAGCCGCACCUUGACCACAGGCUAUUCGAUAUUGAGACCAACGGCAUCCUCACAUCGACCUCCAAGCUGAAGCGGAUGCAGGCGCGUAAUCACUACCAAAAUGAAAUCUAUCAGAUGUACCUGGGGGUGCAAAUGGCAUACGUAUUUAUGCAAUUCACCAGCAAACAAAUUGUGUAA